ACGAGCUUCGCCGAGCGCGCCCGAACGACCCGAACCUCGCCCGCCUCGCCAGUCGCACCGAGCCGGCCCGCAGCGAACACGAACGUUCGCGCGUUUAAAUUUAGAAUUCCAUCGACCUUGAAAACAACUCUUUAAUUUCGUGUGACAGUGAUCGCGGCCGCCAUACUUGUUCGCUGUCAAACAUUAUGUCAGAAAUGGAGUGGACUAACCGUCUAGUUAUAAAACUAAUGCAAGAAUACGCGAAAAGACCAGAACUUUGGGAUACUACAAACGAAUUGUACCGAGUCCAAACAGCGAGGUACGAAGCCUGGUCGGACUUAGCGGGGCUAUUCGAAUGCGAUAUAGCGGAGUUGCGAAAGAAAUUGAAUUCGAUUUUCGCAUCGCAUCGGAGGGAGAAGGCGAAAGUUCGACUCGGGGGCAAGUCGACGUGGUUUUUGUAUCCGUAUAUGAAUUUUUUGCCGACGCAUCUGCAGAAUAGUACUAAUGAUAGUGUUGUUGAGACCUCAACUCACCAGGAGACUGAAGAACCUGAACAACCAUCUUCAGACGAAGACAACAACGCCAACGAAGAACAAGAUGAAGUAGUUCAUGAAGAAAUCGUCAUCAAGACCGAACCACAAACGGUCGAGUACGUUAGACCAAGAAAACGGUUUAGAUACGCCCACGCCACUCACAAACCUAGACUGACUAAGCUUACUAGAAAACUUGUCAAAGAUAAUACUAAUAAUAAUUCUAAUCUUGAUAGUAAGGUAUUAGAAACACUAAGUUUGCUUAGAAGAUCAGAUUUGACGAGGAAGAAAGAUGAAUGUGACAGUUUUGGUGAAUAUAUAGCGAUAUCUUUAAGGAAACAUGAUGAGAGGACGCAAUCGAUGAUAAAACAAGCCAUAAAUAAUAUAUUGUUUGAGCAAGAGAUGAAGAAAUAUAGCGUGGGGCAAUAUGCUGUAGUUAUUUCAGGGGUUGAUGAGAACCCUCUUAUUUUGAGUGAUGAUAAGUAAUCUUUAGAGCACAAUAUUUUUUAUAUAGUUAAUAAUUACUUGCCAUGAUAACAUAAAUACUUUUUUGUUUACCAUGUCGGUGGCAAAUAAGCAUACGGCCCGCCUGAGGGUAUGCAGUCUCCGUAGCCUAUAGAUGCCUGCAAGUCCAGAGGUGUUCUUGGCUUAGCUGGUGGCUAUUUAAUUCACUUUUCCAUUUAUUAAAAAAACAUUACAAUUCUUAAUCGAAUUAGUUUAAAAGCGAAAUUUUAUAUUAUUUACCGCUUAGCCAGAGGUUGGUUAUUAUUUUCCUGUUACAUUUAUAACAAAAAAUAACAUUUAAAACGAUUCUAAAUUAAGCUUAAUUUAAUUGCCCUUUAAAACAGAAACAUUUAUUAAAUUGCUGUUAAGUGGAGAAAUAAUUUAUGACAAGAGCAUUUGAUUUGAGCGACGAGUAAAGUACCCACUCAAGAAAACUGUUGUACAUUAUUUCUAAGCAAUUUUAAAAUAAAUACCUAUUUUCAGUAA